GUCGACUGCUCAGCAUUUUGACUUUACCAUCCACUUCAUUUCUCAUUUCUUAGAGCACGUCUUCAAUGGAUCCAUGGUCAACCAACGAAUGGGAGGAACCCACAGUUCACCACUCUUCUUCCAUCGAUAAAUCAAGUUCAACUUUGGAUUUCAAUAGUUCAAUCGAUUUACCGAGCACUUUUCCAACCUCGUCUGAUCCUCAAACCUCAUGGCCUUCAGAUCACAAUGAAUAUUUGAACUCAUGGGAAUCUCAAUCAAUCCCAAAGAAACCUUCACUCUCAUCUCUUGAGAUAUCUCAUUCAUCUCCAGCACUUCAUUCAAUUGGGACACAACCAAGCGAUUCACCCGUUUGGCCAUCAACAGUCGAACUUCCAGACUUCAACCACGUAACAGGACCUCAAGAUCCAUUGGCUAUAGAAUCUCAAGAUCAUACAUCCAAUCUACCUAAGAUAUCUUCACAUCCUGAAGACUUUCCAGAGACAUCUUUGAAUUUGUCUUUCUCGGCCUCAGAACAAAUUAACAACCACGACACUCGCUCAGAAGGCUCCAAUGAAGCACAUCCUACUCCACGUUCAGAAUUGCAAGAUCCAGAAGAUAACAGCUGGGGUGAAUUCAACUCGGAAACUUUCCAAGCUACCUUUCCUGCCCCGAAAAUCGAUAGUCCAGUCAUUCCUACAGCCGAUGCAUGGCACGGCAACACAACUCUUGCCGAAUGGGAACCUCCGCCGCUUCCACCACCUCCAACACUUUCAUUAAAUUCUAUCAUUCCUCAUCAAGAAACAACAUCUCCAGGCUGGGAACCCUCGGAUGAAAUUCCAAACCAAGUGGAAGACGAAGACGAAGAUGGAACGGAAAUGGGAGAGGUGAUAGACGCUUGGGCAGAUAACAAACAAAGAGGAGCUCACCAAGUCCCGUCUGAAACGGUGGCCAAGUUCCAAGUGGAUACUCGAAAAUGGGCCACAGAACAAUACCCAAUACAGGAAGAAAACUUUCUUCCAGCGGGUAAGGCAGCCAUGACUUUGGAUCUUAGUGCAGCGAUGGUUCAGGGCGGUGAACUUGCUGAGAUUGUUGCAGAUCUUUCACAACCUCCACUUCCUGAGACAUCAGAAAUCAGUACUCAAAAACUGUUUCAAAACUCGGCAAUCUCAAAUGCAUUUCAAUCUGCUAUCAAUCAAACAGCUUCUUCAGCAGCAAGUGUACUUAAAUCUGCUAGUCGUCCUCGUCGAUUGUUUCCAAGUGGAAGUCUUACUACCUUUACCAAGAAUUCGACGUCCGAGAGUGGGCAAGCAUCUGAUCCGACAAAUGAUGAUGCAAUUUGGAAUAACUUCUCAGCUCUUGAAGUACCACAUCAUCCUCAUGACCAGAAAACAGAUGCCUUUGGACUACACGAUGCUAAGCAGUCUACCCAACCGCAAAACAAACCUGCCGGAUUUUUCAGCCGAUGGACUGGUCAAGCACCACUUACCACUAAUACUCCUGCCACCUUAUUGACGAAGAAACCCGACAAUGUCCUCAUUGAUAGUAUUUCUCCUCUCUCAGAUAGCCGUCAUAGUACUCCCAAUCUUUCUGAAGCUGCCUUACCAUCCCCAAGCUCGGCUUCAAUGCAAGAGGCUUCUUCAUCACGUCUCUCGCGAUUGUUUGGUCGGUUUGGAACGCGCCCGAAAGAUAGUCCUACAUCGGAUUCAAAUAGUGCUAUAUCAGCGGUCACCGAACUUAACGAUCGUGAUGUUGCUUUCUUGGACUCUGUGAAAACCGUUCCUUUCGAGACUAAGCCAGCUCUUUAUGAUGAAUUCGAUAAUCUCCAGAUUGGGAAGCAGGAUAAAGCCCACGAUCUGAAAAACCCAAGGACAAGUAUGAGUAGUGUACCACCAAUCUAUCCCGCUAAGCCGAAGAUCAAAACCUCUUAUUCAGACGGUCAAGAAGACCUACUUGACUUUCUAGCUCAAGGCGCACCUACGAAGACGUCUCCCAGUAAAUCUCCCAGUAAAGUACUGAAAUUUUCUCCAAACUCUAUCACGUCUUCAUCCAGCAAACAAAAUGAUCAAGAUGUAGAUCCGUUUGAUGUUUUCAAUACUGCCCCGAUCUCCAAUUCUGCUUCAAGUAAAUCUUCUCGCCCUAAUAGCUUUGGGCAAUUUCAAGGGCAACACUCAAGCUUUCAUAUCUCAAGCUCAAUGUCAUCAUCAUCAAAACCUGGAUCACAUACGAAAUCAUUCUCAACCACUUCAAAAGUACCUCAAAGUCUUACUAGAUAUGAUGAUAUUGAUGAUCUUUUCUCUGAAUUUGAAAGUGUUAAACCUACUCAAUCACGUCGUCAAUCUUCAUCAACUGUGGUACCUAAACAACACACAUCUACCCAAUCCUGGAGUACUCAAUCUAAUCAUACGAUUCCUACUUCUCAACCAUCUCAAUCAACUUUCCAGAAUAUGAAUCAAUCUUCACAACUGAAUCGGAUUCCAAAGAUGGCUCAACCUAAUGCACGUACCCCAACUCCUAUACUUCAUCUUACUCCGAAUUCGACCAAUUCCAAUGUACCUGUACCAAUCUUGAGACCUCCACCAUCUGGAUCAUCUCCUAUUCCUCUGAUCGCUCCACCUUCUUCAAAACUUGGCAUCUUAUCUCCACCAGCACCACCUUCUUCAAACCUUAAAAUCUUAUCACCACCACCACUACCUUCAUCAUCUUCUUCAUCAUCAAGUAGACCAAUGAUGUCCUCAUCAUUUGUUUCAAAACCAAAUGGAAAACUUAAUCAUCAAACUACUCAAUCUGGUGGACUAUCGAAGCAAGAUUUAAGUUUCUUUGAUUCGUUGUUGUAAAAUUGUUUCUUUUUUUGGUGAUUAUGAAUUUAAACAGUGAAAAUGACGUUUGGAUUAGUGAAGAACAAUUUUUUUUUCUAUGAGUUGUAUUUUUUUUGGUUGAUUAGGCUCAAGACUUAGUAUUGUUCUCUUUUUUUGGGAUCGGGUCUUUUAGGUACAUAGUAAACUAUAGCAUUUUUGAUGAGUUUUUAAAUAUGUAAAAAAAUCAAUCAAUCAAUCAAUCAAUCAAAAGGCAGAUCAAUCAGUGAUCUGAUUCUUAUUGUUCAGUUUCUUUGCAUUUUGUUUUGUUGGUUGUAUCAAUUAAUUAAAAAAAUGUUGAGAGAUUUGUUCUUUUUGAAUUUGUUGAUGAAUUUGUUCAGUUAAACUUGAAUAAAAAUAAUUACAAAAUAUUUGGCCUGGC